CCGGCAAGCAGCAUGCUCUGUGGCUGGACUGCCCCUUUGUUCCUGCUGACGCUCCAGGGGGCCUGGGGCUGCUCAGACCUCGUCUGCUACACCGAUUACAUCCAGACGGUCACCUGCAUCCUGGAGACAUGGGCCCCACACCCUGGCACACUCACCCUCACCUGGCAAGACUCAUAUGGAGAACUGGAGGACGAGGUCACCUCCUGCAGCCUCUGCUGGUCCACCCACAACACCACGCAUGCAGAGUACACGUGCCACAUGGAUAUGGUCCAAUUCAUGGCCGACGACGUUUUCAGUGUCAACAUGACAGACCAUUCGGGCAACCACUCCCAGGAGUGUGGCAGCUUUGUCCUGGCUGAAAACAUCAAGCCAUCUCCCCCUUUCAACGUGACCGUGACCUUCUCCGGACAUUAUAACAUCUCCUGGAGCUCCAAUUACAAUUUCUAUGCGCUGAAGGGCAAACUUCAGUAUGAGCUGCGGUACAGGAAGCUCGGAGACCCCUGGGCUCUGAGUCCAGGGAGAAAGCUGAUCUCAGUGGAUUCGAGAAGCAUCUCUCUCCUCCCCUUGGAGUUCCACAAAGGCUCAAACUAUGAGCUGCAGGUGCGGGCAGGGCUCCAGCCUGGCUCCUUCUUCCAGGGGACCUGGAGCGAGUGGAGUGACCCAGUCGUCUUUCACACCCAGCCAGAAGAGAUAAAGGGAGACUUGUACCCUCAACUGCUUCCCAUCCUGGUCCUCGUAUGCCCCAUCCUUGUCUUCUUAGGCCUGAAGAUCCACCUGCCUUGGAGGCUAUGGAAAAAGGUGUGGGUGCAGGUGCCCAGCCCAGAGCCCUUCUUCCAGCCCCUGUACAUGGGCCACAGAGGAGACUUCAAGAAAUGGGUGGGCACCCCCUUCACUGCCUCCAGCCUGGAGCUGAGAUCCUGGAGCCCAGGGGUGCCCUUGUCCCUGGAGAUGCACAGCCAGUGCCCACCGCAGACUGCAGCCAAGGUGCUGGUGCCCACAGAGCUGCCAGAGCCCCCAGACCUGGUGGAAGCCGACGGGGUGCUUGAGCCGGGCUCUUGGGGCCCAGCCCACUCCACCGCCGGCAGCUUGGGCAGCUCAGCUCACAGCCAGGAGAGGGACCGGCCUUACGGCCUGGUAUCUAUCGACACGGUGACCGUGGUGGACGCAGAGGGGCUGUGCGCCUGGCCUUGCACCUGCGGGGAUGACGGCUACCCAGCCCUGAACCUGGACACCGGCCUGGAGCCUGGCCCGGGCACAGAGGACUCGCUCCUGGGCACGGGGGCCACAGUCCUAUCCUGUGGCUGCGUCUCAGCCAGUGGCCCUGCUGGGCCGGGGGGCCCCCUGGGCAGCCUCCUUGACAGGAUAAAGCUGCACCUCAAGGAUGAGGAGGGUUGGGCCCCUGGGCUGCCCUGGGAUGGCGGGUCGCCCCGAGGGGUGUCGGGCAGCGAGGCAGGUUCAUCCCCAGCUGGCCUGGACAUGGACACGUUUGACAGCGGCUUCGCGGACUCUGACUGCGGCAGCCCCUUGGAACGUGACUUCAGCAGCCCCAGGGACGAAGGGCCCCCCAGGAGCUACCUCCGCCAGUGGGUGGUCAUGGCCCCUCCACCUGCAGGGCCUGGGCCCCAGGCCAGCUAGUGAGGCUGACUGGCCCUGCAGAGCUGGCCAUGCUACUGAGCCACGAGCCACGGACAGGGUCACCUGGGCUGAGGUGUAAAGAGGCCUGCAGCCCU